AUGAAUUCACCGGGCUCGAGAUACAAGGACCUUUACGACGGGCCUGAUCCUUACAGACGACAUAGCCCCUAUACUGACCAGAGCUUUUGGACAAGGCUGUCCGAGCCGAGUGUCGUAGUAUCCCUAUUCGCUCUCGUCCUAACUGCGCUGUACUCCGUCUUCGGCGCAUCUGCUCUUCCAACCACUCUUCUCUCCCGUGCCGGUCAGACCCUUUGGGACAUAAUAGUGUGGUUUACACCCUACGACGCCUUGACUCUCAUCGAAGGUUGGCUACAUCCACCACUGUUCGCACGACCGAUGCUCCAGAACCGAGCGAGAACGCAUGCCGCAAAGAGUGAGCUUCUUCGAAAGAUACUUGGAAUUGACAGGCAGGGUGGCAUCAUGGGAACGGUUUCUCAGGCUGGCAUCAGAGGCCUAUCUUCUGUCUCCGGCGUCAUGAUGGGCUUCAAGGGAUUCGGCGACCAUCCACCGGGCCUGGGAAACCUCGAUAACUCUUGCUACCAGAAUAGCAUUCUUCAAGGUCUCGCUUCGUUGAAGCCACUACCAAAAUACCUAGCCGAUCCCAUCCAAGACAACGAAAUUGAUCGCCAAAAGGUCGAGGCCGUCGAUACGCUGCGAAACUUGAUAGAAGAUCUUAACAGUGCCCGGAAUUAUGGAAAAACUUUAUGGACCCCAGGCUCGCUGAAGAACAUGAGCACCUGGCAACAACAGGACGCACAGGAGUACUUUUCGAAACUACUCGACGAGGUAGACAGAGAGAUAGCCAAAGUCUCAAAGGCAACGCAGAAGCUUUCAGGGUUCGAGUCGGACUGCGCCAAUGAUGACACUGCGACGAGCCAGCACAGCGACGAUAGUGGCUACCAGAGCAUGUCCACGGUUUCUAAAAUUAGUGCGGCAUCGAAGUCUUUGCGAAAUCCUCUAGAAGGCUUGAUUGCGCAGCGAGUCGCCUGUGUAGAAUGCGGCCAUUCUGACGGUCUCUCUAUGAUCCCUUUCAACUGCCUUACGCUUAGCUUGAAUACGGAUGGCAACGAUCAUGACCUCUAUGAGCUCCUGGAUGCGUAUGCGCAUAUCGAAUCGAUUGAGGGGGUUGAAUGCGGCAAAUGCACCUUGCUGAAGGCGAAGCGACUUUUGACAGUCCUUAUCGACCGGGCUCAGGGAUCCACAGACGAAGAGAAGUUAAAGGAGCCAAGGUCGCGGCUAGCUGCUGUGGAGGAGGCGUUAGAAGAGGACGACUUCGAAGACAAGACACUUACCGAGAAGUGCAAGUUCCCAUCUCAGUUCAAAGUUUCAUCGACGAAAACAAAGCAGGCGGUCAUCGCUCGCCCUCCGCAAAGCCUCGCAGUUCACAUGAACAGAUCUGUCUUUGACGAGAACACUGGCGCCAUGUACAAAAAUUCCGCUGGAAUCCGAUUUCCUCUGACGUUGGAUCUUGGCCCAUGGUGUCUAGGCAGUGCCCCGAGGCCCUCUACGGCUGCAGUCAGCGAACCAACGGACGGUUUAUCAUCUCCUGCAAUGAGCGACGCAUCCGAGGAGGAGCAGUGGCUGCUUGAUCCGAGAUCCUCAAUGAUUGCAGGAGACAAGCGUAAGUCGUACAUCACGGGCCCGAUCUACGAGCUCCGCGCCGUCGUUACCCAUUACGGCAGGCACGAGAAUGGUCACUAUGUCUGCUACCGCAAGUUCCCCCGUCACUCUCCGCCACCAAUUGCUGAAGCCAAGGAGAGCAGUGACAAGGCUGAUAGUGAUACCCUGGCCUCCCCCACCAAGAAGCCUGAGACUCGGGAGGAUGAUGAUAAUGAGACGGAAAUGGACUGGUGGCGUUUGAGCGAUGAGAGCGUCAGGAGAAUUGACGAGGAGGAAUUGUUGGACCAACACAACGUGUUUAUGCUUUUCUAUGACUGCGUCGACCCGAACAUCAUCCCAGCAUCUGAGAUCGCCGCUACAGAAGCGGCUUUCGCCACGAGCACAGAUGUCGGUACAGACAAGGAGAAGACACCAAAAGUUGAGAACCACGCAUUCACUUGCACAGUUACGGAAGUCUCCGAGCUUGACGAAGAUGAAAGCGAGACGCCAUCUGUGAGCACCGUUGUGGCUGCGGAGCCGGUGAGCAUUGCCACCGAGACGAAGACGGAGAAGGCUGCGUCUUCUGUUCCUCUUCCAUUGGAGGAGGAGGAUGAAGCAGCGGAGGAGAAAACACCUGGCCAAUCGCCGCGGGUGAUAGUCGUCUAA